UCUGAACUCCAUUUAAACAGGUCAGUGACAUGACCUUCAACCCACUCCCCUCAGGCUAGGGGCGGGGAGAGAAAUAAUUGGGAAUGAACAAACUCGGAGACCCUUUCUGCUCGUAGAAGGGAAGGGUCAGGCCUGCAGAGAUCUCAUGAUGCCCUUCACUGAACUAAUUAAACAUCUAAAGUAAGAACCUGUAGCCACUGCUCUUCUCCUGAUCUGACUGGAAGGCUUUAGAAAUCCCUUCAAAAGAGGAAGAGAAGCAGGCCAAGAGAGUAACAAAAAGAGACAGGCAGAAACAAUCAGGAAUUGCCAGUGACAACAAGGAAAAGAGGGAAAGCAAAAACUUGAAGGGCAGAAAGAGGUAGAGCAGGAGGAAAAGACUGGAUUCAACACACAGCACAGAAGCUGCUCCUUCUCCUGGCCACUGGACUGGUGAAGAUGAACUGAAAGUAGAAAGGACAAGAAGAGUCUGAGCAGCUUGAGACACCAAGAGGCCACAGAACCACCUUACAGGGAUGCAUAACUCAGACAUGAUCUGCCUUGUUGUAGGGAGUUUCUUAUGGUUCCCCCAAGUGAAAGGUGAGGAAGGCUGCCUCAACACUGAACUCUGUUCAGGUACAGCAUGGGACCGUCUGUGGUAUAUCUGGCUGGUGCUGGUGAUCGGGGGGCUCCUGCUCCUGUGUGGCCUGGUCUCUGUGUGCGUGAGGUGCUGCUUCCAGUGCCAUCAGACAGGGGACGAGUCGGGCCCGCAGCCCUACGAGGUCACCGUCAUCGCCUUUGACCAUGACAGCACCCUCCAGAGCACCAUCACUUCUCUCCACUCGGUGUUUGGGCCUGCUGCCAGGAGAAUAUUAGCCGUGGCACACUCCCACAAUGCUGCCCAGGGAACACCUGCCCUCUCUGCAGCAGACACCCCGCCAGUGUACGAAGAAGCUCUGCACAUGAGCAGGUUCACCGUGGCCAAGGCGGGGCAGAAGGUGCCAGACCUGGACCCAGUGCCGGAGGAAAAGCCGCAGGCGCCGGCCGAGGGCAAGGAUGCCCAGCCAGCCCUGCCAGGACACUGAUGUCUGGUUUUACUUG